GACUCUUCCCCUUCCCCACACCAUCCCCACCUCACCCCGCGCUGUCUUGUUCGACCAGGUUCGACCACAAUGCCUCCUCCUGCUUCGCGGAAUGCUAUCUUUCGUCUUAUGAACGCUGCUCAGCACACUGCUUGUCCUUGCCACGGUUGUCGUGCUGCCGGACAUGCUCAACAUGCCAUUCAGCAGAUGCGCAAGUAUGCAACCCCAGUAGACGUGGUUGAGAAGGAGUACGCCUUUGAGGUCGCUGCUUCAAACUUGCGCUUCGGCGACGGUGUGACCCGUGAGGUCGGGAUGGACUUCAAGAAUAUGAAGGCUACAAAGGUUGGAGUCUUUACGGACCCUAACAUCGCCAAAUUGCAGCCCAUGAAAACAGCGCUAGAGUCCCUCUCGUCACAGUCGGAUCUCCCCUUUGAGGUAUACGACACCGUCGUCACCGAACCUACUGAAGAUAGCUGGCGUAAGGCGAUCUCAUGGGCUCGUGAACAUGACUUCAGUCAUUUCUUGGCUGUCGGCGGCGGAAGUGUCAUUGAUACUGCCAAAGCAGCUAAUCUCUUCUCCGUCUACAAGGACGCAGACUUGUUUGAUUUCAUCAACGCCCCUGUCGGGAAAGGUCAACCUAUUUCGCAGCAACUGCGCCCUCUCAUCGCGGUGCCCACGACUGCCGGUACGGGCUCAGAGACCACAGGUACAGCGAUUUUGGACAUUCCGUCCAUGUCUUUUAAGACAGGAAUCGCUAGCCGCAUGAUGAAACCUACUCUCGGUAUCGUGGACACAUAUAACACAGAAAGUUGUCCCACUGCUGUCCACAUCAGCUCCGGUUUGGAUGUUUUGUUCCACAGUCUAGAGAGUUACACUGCUAUCCCGUACACGGAACGCAUGCCGAGGCCCGCGAACCCGAUUCUUCGACCAGCCUACCAAGGUAGUAAUCCCGUGGCAGACAUCUUCUCCUUCUGGGCGUUGGAGCAGACGGUCAAAUAUCUGCCCCGUGUUGCUAAGAACAGGGAUGAUACCGAGGCGAGAAGACAGCUUUUGUUGGCAGCCUCCUUUGCCGGCAUCGGGUUCGGUAAUGCAGGCGUCCAUCUCUGCCAUGGCAUGAGUUACCCGAUCUCCGGACUGAACAAGAAGGGGCCAAAGUAUAAGGACCCGGGUUACGUUGUUGACCACCCCAUCAUCCCCCACGGCGUCAGUGUGGCCCUCACUGGCCCAGCGGUUUUCCAAUUCACCGCACCAAGUGCUCCUGACCGCCAUCGCCAAGCCCUUUCCGUCUUCAGGAAAGUAUCUCCUUACGACCCCUCCAUCACCUCCAUUGCCGACCGUGACAUCGGAGCGCACCUAUUCGAGGCUAUUGCCAGCUUCCUUGAUGUUCUGGGCGUGCCGCGCGGGCUGAAGGCUGUGGGGUAUACGAAGGCAGAUAUUCCGAUGUUAGUGGAGGGGACGUUACCACAGAGGAGGGUUUUGGACUUGGCUCCGGGUGUGGGAGAUGUUGCUGGCGAGGAUGGGAGGGAACAUUUGACGAGGAUGCUGGAGAGCUCAUUGGAAUAUUGAGGAGCUGAUCUGACAAACAUAUGGAACGGUGAAUGGAAUGUACUUUCAUUAAAUGUAACAUAUAUGCCGUGAUGCGAAUUGCUUGUGGC